ACUGGAGGCACGACCCACUCAGGACAGCCAAGAUGAAAGUCAAGGACAUGACCUUUAAGGAGGGGCAGGAGUUCAAGAUCUGUAUCAAGCCCAAAGACGACUGCAGCAGAUUCGCCAUCAAUAUUGGCCACGACUCGGAAAACAUUGCGCUGCACUUCAACCCGCGCUUUGACGACAGCGUCAUCGUCUGCAACUCCAUGUCGGGAGGCUGCUGGGGCGAAGAACACCGCGACGGAAACCUCAGCUUCGCCCGUGGCGAGGAGAGCAAGUUCUACAUCAACUUCAACAACGAGGAGUUCUUUAUCAAGAUGCCCGAUGGCUUCAUGAUGAGCUUUCCCAACCGGCUGGGCGACGUCAAGUACAAAUAUUUUGAGGUCAACGGGGACGCCAGGGUCAUUGGCAUCAAGAUAAAGUAGAGCUCCUUCUUGUUUGAGGGUUGGCCGCUUCGCUGUUGACAAA